GUCCGUCUGGUGUGGGCGUGAAUGAACUUCGGAGGCGCUUGGUUGAAAUGAACCCAAACAUCUUCCAGGGAGCUGUACCUCACACCACGAGAGCGCCCAAAGGAUACGAGGAGUCUGGCCGAGAAUAUCACUUCAUCAGCCGAGAAAUCUUCGACAACAUGAUGUAUAACAACAGGUUUUUGGAGUACGGGGAGUACAAAGGGAGUCUGUACGGCACCAGCGUCCAGUCAGUGAAGGAAGUUUUAAACAGCGGAAAGAUCUGCGUCAUCGACGUAGAACCAAACGCCAUCCAGGCAGUGAGGACCCACGAGCUGAGGGCCUAUGUGGUCUACGUGAAGCCUCCGCCGCUGGAGCGCCUCAGGGAGACCAGACAGGACUCGUACAUCACCACCAACUACUACGUCAACCGACCGUUCAAAGACGAAGACUUCCAGGAGAUGGAAGAAGCCGCGCGCAAGAUCGAGUCUCACUUCUGGCAGUUCUUUGACCACGUGAUCGUCAACGACGAGCUGCAGGACUCCUGCGUCCAGCUGCUGACGGCAGUGAGGAAGGCGCAGGACGAGCCGCAGUGGGUCCCCGCCAGCUGGAUACGACCCACCGCCGAGUCGUGAGAGAGGACGGAGGGGGAGGAGAGGGCACAGCAGCGAUGUGACCCGUUACCAUGGCAGCAGUCAUUUUUAUUUUACAGACUCCUGACUGUAAAAUCUUAACAUGUCGAUCAAUUUUCAUGUUUUCGGGGAGUAGGGUAUGAAAAAAUCAAACAAGUAUUCCGAUCUUGUUAUUUGUGUGCUUGAUCUGUUUAAACCAAAUAAAGUGCAACUUUUUUUGUGCUUUUUUGUAGCAAAGCAGAUGUCAGAUUUUUUUUGGAGUGAGCAAAGUUAACAUUGUGACCAUUAAUAGGGUAUCGACACACGUCUCACUGACAGCUUUCCUGCUCUAAAUGCAACUUUAAUUUAAAUAAAUGUUUACUGUUGCACGAGAAAAAAAACAGGUUAAUUUUCUUGCCCUGCUCCCCAAUCUUUUACACACAACUGCAAUAAAAUUUGAUAUUUUUCCAACUGAUGUUUACAUUAUUAGAAAGCAAAGUGGUUUCUUGUUGUGUUUUUUGUUUUGUUUUGGGUUUUUUCAUUCUGACUUUGUUGUUAUGUCUUUUGUGGUUUGCUAUAGCCUAAAAUUUGUCAUUGCAUGCCAGAAUAAGCUCUACUAAACAUAAAAAGGGCUGUUUUUGGCACAAAAAUUACACUGUGACCUUAUUUAAUUGAAAAUGUUGUGAUAAAAUGCAAAGAUGCAUGAAAAGCAAUGAUGUUUUAAUACGUGUACCUGUUUGUGACA